AUGGAUAUCGCCGCAAUUUUAUACUUCUUUCAUGUGGUCUGGGCAAUACCACGAUACUUCUUUUUGCCAGUAACACAAUCCUCAAAUAUCUCCCAAUUCAAAGUCCACGGCCUGCCGGACAGUCCUACUCUGCCGCCCAGCUGGGCUGGGCGACUGCCAGUGCCCGAAACACAAGACGGGAAUGAGAUCUUUUUCUGGCUUUUCGAAGCAGAAGAUGCAAAGUACAACGACAAUCUUAUAAUCUGGUUCAAUGGCGGUCCUGGCUGCUCCUCGCUCAUAGGGCUGAUAACCGGCAACGGGCCCAUCUCCUUUGCCGGAAAUUCUACUCGGCUCGAGCGCAAUCCGUAUUCAUGGACACGGCUUGGGAAUGUGCUGUAUGUGGAUCAGCCCGUGGGUACCGGCUUUUCGACUGCCAGCAACCCUUACCCGGUGAAAGACAACGAGCGAGUGACAGCCGACUUAGUCCGGUGGCUGCAUUCCUUCUUGGUCUAUUUCCCACACCUCCAGUCCAAACAGAUCCAUCUCAUGGGCGAGUCGUAUGCAGGAAUAUACGUACCUUACUUUGCAGAGGCUCUGAUGGAGGGCAAAUAUUCGCUUCCGUUGGAUAUACGCUCGAUGUCACUCGGUGAUGGUUCCUGGGGCAAUGCGGCGGCCAUGUCUUCCGUCGCAAUGGGCGCCUACAUCCACUCACAGUUGAAGCUCCUCAAAGUCCCCCAGGAUAUCCAGUCCACAUUUAGCGAGGCAGACCGCACCUGUGGCUUCGACAACGUCCUGGACCAAGCCGCCAUCUAUCCUCCUCGGGGCCGAAUCCAGAUCCCCGGGAAUCCAGAGAACAUCAACUACCGCCGAAAACAACACCGGGAUCUGACAAGUGCUCUCAACGACGACUGCAAUAUUGCGCCAUCAACGCCGGCCACGGUCCACUCAUCUAUCUUCAAUUCCACCUGCUACGGCCCCUGCGCCACCUUCUCCACCGCAUCAGACUACAUGUAUACGGUAUCUGCGGCAGGGUCAGGACCUGAGUGCUUUGAUAUCUACGAUAUUCACAAUGACUGCAGCACCGUCAGCCCGCUCCCGCUCCUAGGAACGUAUUUCAGUCGCGCUGACGUCCGGGCCGCUCUGCACGUCCGCGACAGCGACGCCUACAGCGCCUGCAAUGCAACCAUCCUCGCUACCCUUGUGGCAGCACCACCGCCAGUCCCACCAGAGUACUCGAUCCUUCCGAAGCUGGUUACCACGCACAAUAUUUCGCUGCACAUCUACAACGGCGAGUGGGAUAUGCUGAUCAACCACAUCGGCACGGAACUUUCUAUCCAGAACAUGACCUGGGGUGGCGCGCAGGGGUUCUCAGAGAAGCCUCACCAGCUGUUUUAUGCCGACAAUGCCGCUCCAGCAUCGACGAAGAGUUCUUCCAAGCACACAGCCGCUACUACGCUCACAGCUGCCACGGCCACGGACACCGCUGCGGGCACCUGGGCUGCAGAGCGAGGAGUCUCAUAUCACCAUUUCUGGGAGGCCGGUCACAGCGUGUUCGUCAAUAAGCCGCGUGAGGUCUUUGCCUUCGUGCGGGAUGUGGUGGUUGCACCGAAGAAGGACUGA